CUGAAAAGGUUCAGAGUGAAGUGGCUUUUUGGUGGAGGCUGAGUGUCCGGCAAUGGCUGUGGGGCUGGUGAGUUUGCUGCAGGGGAUAGCGGCGAUGGUGAGCAGCCUGUGGACAGUUUUGCCGCUGGCGCUGGCAGUGGCCCUCAGCACCUGGCUGUGGUUUCAGAGGAGCAAGAACCAGGAGCCGCUGGAGAACUCCGAGGGAGCCGGGCCACACAGCGCUUCCCCGGAGGGCAGUGACCGCAGCCUGGGGGAGAGGAGCCCUGAGGACAGGGAGGCAGACGGCUCUCAGCAGGACCCUGCUGAUAAAAUUACAGAUUCUGAAAGUGACAAUAUGCCAGUGAUCAAGAUGACAGAGUUGAGAGUUAGCACUCAGCACUCUCCAGUUGAACAAAAAACAGUGGCUUUGGGAGCUCCAGAUAUUUCCGAUGCGGUGGUAAAGAUUCAUAAAGAGUGUGCUCAGGACCAAAAUCUGUCAAAUAAGCAGGAUCCAGCUGAUUCCAGACAAAAGAAUAUUUGUGAGAGCAACCAGACACAAAGUAACUCGAUGGCUCAGGCAACCAGUAUUGGGCAGGUUACUGUUCAUAAUCCAAGCAUGGCUGAAGACUGUAACUUCAGCAAAGAGGAGAUUUAUGUUUGUGAAACAAAGUCUGCUGACAAAAUUGCAAAGGUGGAUGAAAAAACUGAUUGUAAAGACGAAGCUUCUGAUCAAAUGUUGAAAUUAGAUAAAAUGAACAGAACGGCUUAUCUAAAGGAAGCAACUGAUACUAAUAUCAGUGAAAAUAACAUUGACAUGAGUGAUGAAUUGGAAUGUCUUAAAACUGAAAAGGAAAGAGAAGAUAAGAGAAAAUUCUUUCAAGAGCAUGUUAAUGCUGAGUCAGAAAGAAUGAGUACAAGUUCAGAGCCUGAAAACAUGACCAGGAAAGUUGCUGCAGUGUCUCCUUUACCUCUCAACAAUGUCUCUGUGAACUUUAAUGUUCACUAUAUUACUUACUUACAUUCUCAGAUCCUUGCAGUGACCGGAAACCAUGAGUGUCUGGGGCAAUGGGAGAGAUAUGUGCCAUUGAAACCAAUCAAAGAUGGAUUCUGGUCCAAUUCCAUUCUGCUCCCGAUGAAUUCCAAGAUUGAGUGGAAAUAUGUGGUGGUGGAAGAUGGAAAGAUUUGUAGGUGGGAGGAAUGUUUCAAUAGGAUUCUGGAGACUGGUCAUGAAGACUUUGAAAUAUAUCAAUGCUGGGGUUACCAUUAAAUCCCAUACAAAAGUUGGAGUAACAUAAUAUUCAAGAGUGAGUGCACUGGUUAGUAAUGUGGAAUGAUGGAGUUCAAGUUUGAGCUUUUGUGUUCACUGCUUUCAAAGAGGAACUGUACAUCAGUGAUUUAUGUAAUGUUUUCACUGGACAUUAACUACUGCUCUUUCUUCUUUGUCUUCCUAUUUUUGUGCUUUGACUUCAGAUUUUGGGCUGCCCGAAUGUUUGCUGUGCUGGUUUGUCUGUAUGUAAUAACUUGCUGCUAAAAUGUGCUUUAUACAAUAACCUCUUCAAGAGGUGAGUAAAUCAGUAAUGUAAAUAAGCCUAAAAUAUUCUAACAUUUACUAUAUAUGUAAUUAUACAAGGAUAAUUGCAUGCAUAGAAUCACUAAUACUUUUACUGUAAUGUGCAUUUGUGAGGAAAUGAUAAACCACACCUGGAUUUCCAUACUUGAUAUUUAAAUAAAGAAUAUUAAACUUUUUGGCAUGAAGAUAGCGAGGUAUAACAAUGUGCCCAGUGCACCAACUUGCUUCCCCCCCCCCCCCACCUCCCCCCAGCAAGUUUUCUUUUUGAAAGCCUAGCAAUUUAAAUUCACUUCAGAAAUCUAAUGUUGCAUUUCUCCAAACUACUAGAAUGUUUUUGUCAUUACAAUACAAAAUUUUGGAUUCUAUGACCCAAGUCUGACCCACAGUCACUGGAGUUCAAAUAAAGCUAGUGUUGAAUACAGAGUGGGUUUAUUUUGGAUUUGGAGGUAUUUGAAGCCAUAGAUCCUGGAACACGACUGUUAGAUUCCUUAUUUAGCAGGUGUUAAAUUCUUGAUUUACGUUGAGGGCUAGUUUCCAAUAAUUCAAGAACAUCUUAACCUCAAAUCUAAAGCCCUGCAGGGGAAUAGCCAUUGUUCCAGUAAUGGUAGAUGCUAAACUUACAUGCAGGCAUGCUAAAUGACUUUGCUGUAGUUGAACAAACCAACUUAAUUUACACCUUUUUUUUGUUCAAUUUGAACUUUUCAUAAAUCACAGUUUAACUUGUGACAGCUGAAUUUUUAAUCAGGUGAAAGGACGGAAGUUUGGAAUAAUACACUUUACCAUGAUUUUUGUAAAUUUUACAAGGCGAAAAGACUGGCAUUUAUUCAAACCUUGAAUUGUGUCCUGCAUCUCAAACUUUACAAAUUUUGAAACUGGAAAUCUUGAAUUUUAAUGCCUUUUGUUUAAAGAUAUUUAUCUCUAUGCAGAGAGCAGACUGUUUUUCUAUAAUUUUGAUAUGAGAAUUCAGACUGGCUUUUUUUCCCAGACAGUAAUUAGAAUGAUUUUGCCACACUCAAACUAGUUAGCGUAUUUGAAUAUUGUGACUUACAGUACUUCUCUACAAACAUAAGGGACACUGAAUAGUAUGAUAUUGAGUCUCUGCCUGCAGUUCUAAAUUGCUCGGAGGCUCCGAUGAGUUGCUAACAGGUAUGGGCCCAUUCGAAUAAUGUUUUAAUGGAGUGCAUCGACACCCUUUUUCUUCCACUUGGACUUUUUUUUUGCUACAACAAAAGAAUAACACAAAUUGAAACCUGUUACUGCUUCCAGAUUAACUUUUCAGAAUCUUGCCUUAAUCUAUUGAUGCUGAAACCCUCCUUUCGAUUUUCAGCUAUCUGUUUGUUUGAAGAGUGACUGUGGAACACAAACUGGAAUUUGCACAAUUUUUAAUUUGUCAUCCCUUUUUUAAAUAUUUUGGGAGACCAAUAUAAUCUCAGAUGCUGCUUAGCAAUGAUGCACCUGUUUACAUGUCACAUUUUAUUUGGAAGGUGCAAGUCAGUGAUCUAAGAAACCUCUUAAGUUUUCUGACAGAUUUAAAACUUCUCUGAUUUUUUUUUGUCGUUCCAUCUGGCUAUGAAAUGAAUUUGUAGUUUAUUUUUUGGAAAGGAGGUCUAAAGAAUUUUAAAAAUAUUCUGAUUUCAUCUUGAAUGAAUGGCAUGAUCAUACCUAUACCAUAGAGAAGAGAAUAAAUACCCAACUGGAGAGUAGUAAUCUAAAGGCUCCAAUAUAAUCUUUUACAUUUGGGGAAAUAAUGAAUCUGUUUGUGGUCAAGACAGUGUCUCUCUCCUACUGGCUUUUUAAAAAUCAUUGUAGACAAAUUGCUGUCUGUAUUGAAUAAUUCUGCAUAAUUCAGCACUUAAAUACAGUAAUGUGUGGAAAGAGGAACAAUUCCAUUGAGUUUACACUGUAGUUUGUUUUUCGGCUUUCCCUUCACCCCCCUCCCCAAUUAUUCUUAACUCAAUUAACAUGACUACUUAUUUCAUGAUGCAAAUGUAGCAUGAUGUAUUUACAAACAUAGAACAUUAGAGUAUUUUGGCUAUGACAGAUUCAAGAGUGAGUAAUCUCCUGUAUAUAUUUCAAUGAUCUUUAAUUACAUUUGGAUAGAUUGAACAGAAUGGGUUUCACAAGGUAUUAAAUAGCAGCAGGUUUUAUUUUGUGUACUGCAGCAAGUCAAAAGAAUAAAAUGCAAA